AUGCAGUCUGCCAGAGAGAGAGGAGUGGAUAUACUGCUCAUUAGUGAGCAGUAUAAGAAGCAAGGAUUCUCAAACUGGUUUCAAGACUCAUCAGGUAGAUCAGCAAUACAUAUAUGUAAUCCGGAUAUCACCGCCGGUUCAUUCCUAGGUACGGACAAGGGGUAUGUUUGGGUGGAGAUGGCGGGUAUUCGCAUAUACAGCUGCUACUUCUCGCCCAACGACCCACUUGGAAAAUUCGACACCGAGAUUCACUCGCUUGAAGAGAGCCUGAGAGCUUUCGACGGGGAUGUCCUCAUUGCGGGAGAUUUCAAUAGUAAGUCGCCGGAAUGGGGGGAGACUCGUCUGGACAGGAGAGGAAUCUUGGUUUCCGAUAUGCUGGCGACGAAUGGGCUGGUGGUGUUAAACCGGGGCCACGAGUUCACGUUCAGGAGGGGAGAAUCAGGAUCUAUCCUUGAUUUAACAAUCGCAUCUCCUCGCCUAGCCCGCAGAAUAAGAGAAUGGAGGGUACUGGAUGAGGAAACAUUGAGUGACCACCAGUACAUAGAGUUUUUAGUCUCUAAGGGAAAACUUCGAGGACGAACCGCACCAAAAAAUGGUAGCAAGGGAGCCUCUUGGAACCUCAGGAGACUAAACAGGGAGAAGCUGGCGGAGUCCCUAGAAGAGUCGCGACUUAUUCGCAAGUCAAACUGGGUGAGGAAACCAGCUUCUUUAAAGGGUGUAGUGCGAGAGGCGAGGCGGGUGAUUGUUCGAGCUUGCAAUCACUCUAUGCCUCGCCGGCAGAAAUAA